AUGCGGUGGUUCCUCUCUUUUCUGUUCUUGAGCUUCUUGGCGGUGGUACAUGCAUUGAGUAGUACGGGCAAUCGUCUGCUGGUUAUCUUGGAGGAUGAAACCGAAAAGAGCCUGUAUUCGACAUUCUGGAGUGAUCUGGAGGGUCGGGGAUAUACUCUCUCAUUCGAAUCGCCGAAGAGCGAGCAGCUCUCUCUGUUUCAGCAUGGAGCCAGAGCUUAUGACCACCUGCUCGUUUUCCCUCCUAAAUCAAAAGGCUUCGGCCCCUCGUUGACUCCCAAGGCGGUCCUCGACUUCAUGAAUAAGGAGGGCAACGUUCUCCUCGCCCUAUCCGGAAAGUCGAGCACACCGAGUGCGAUUAGCUCGCUCCUCAUUGAGUUGGACCUGCACUUGUCAAGCGACCGCUCGGCCUUUGUUGUCGACCAUUUCAACUAUGACACCGUGUCCGCGUCCGAGAAGCACGAUGUCCUCGUUGUGCCUCGUCCUGGUCCCCUCCGCCCCGACACCAAGGCCUAUUUCUCCGGAGAGGGCGUUCUGGCCAUGCCUAGAGCAGUUCCUCAAACUCUGGGAAGUGAUAGCCCCCUUGUCGCCCCUGUGCUCCGCGCGCCGGUGACUGCGUAUAGCUACAACCCCAAGGACGAUUCCGGAAGCAUGGAGGAGGUUUAUGCCACAGGCUCACAGCUGGCGUUAGUCUCGACCAUGCAGUCGAGGAAUUCGGCUCGUUUCACUGUUCUCGGCUCCGUCGAGAGCUUGGAAGACAAAUGGUUCUCCGCCACUGUCAAGACCCCCAGCGACGAGGAACAGACCCAGACGGUCAACCGGGAGUUUGCCAAGCAGUUGACUGCCUGGACCUUCAAGGAGACUGGUGUUUUGAAGGUUGGAAAGAUUGAGCACUAUCUCGCAGAAGACCCUGCGGACUUGAACCCGCAGAUCUACCGCAUCAAAAAUGACAUCGUUUUUAACAUGGAAGUUUCCGAGUAUGAAUACGACGGCUAUGUCCCAUUCGAGCUUCCUUCGGAGGACGCCCUUCAGCUCGAAUUCAGCAUGCUCUCCCCCUUCCAUCGCCUCGCCCUCCAGCCCACUCGCAAGACCGAUAACAGCACUGUGUACAGCGCGGCGUUUACCACUCCGGAUCAGCAUGGCAUCUUCUCCUUCCGUGUCGACUAUAAGCGCCCCUUCCUCACCAACGUUGAGGAGAAGCAUGAGGUGACUGUCCGCCAUUUCGCUCACGACGAGUAUCCCCGAAGCUGGGAGAUCAGCGGUGGUUGGGUGUGGAUUGCUGGUCUGUGGGCCGUCAUUGGCGGUUUCAUUGCUUUCGUACUGGUCUGGCUUUACUCAGAGCCCCCUUCUGCCAAAACCAAGAAGACCCAGUAA